UUUAAUAUUUUUUUCGAACUUUUACUGAAAAUGGGUGACGUUUUAUUGCUGAAAGAAUCUGUUUUGGUCUAUUUAGACAGAAGUGGUGGUCUUAAGAAAUUUGUGGACGACUGCAGACGUCUAAACGACCUCCUGCAGACUGAGGCAGUGUACAGGUUCUGUAUCAGUGUCAAUCCCUCAGAUUUGACCGAAAUGGACCCUGUGCUGGGGGACUAUGUUCUCCAUGAGCCGCUCACAGCCAUAGCUCUGUUUCAGUCAGUCUGCUUCCUGUCUAUAAAGACACUCUCACUCACUGAGAAGAUUCACACAGAAAGUCAGGUGACUGUCACUCUAAACUUCACACAUCUACCUCCAUUCCCUGAGUACACAUUGGACCUGUGUAGUUUUCCUCGUGCCUAUGGCCCCCUGAGACCCGUCUCCAUGGAGGGCCUCGUCAUUGCCAUGACAAGGGUCACAAAGUACACCCUGGGAGCGAGGUUCCUGUGCGAUGACGAUGACUGCCCUGGCUCAACAGGGUACCAUCACAUUCGUGUCCACACACCCGGGGCCACAGAGUCAGCUACUGUCAGAAAUGACUUCUGCUGCAGGAUCUGUGGCUCCCAGCUGAAAGAGGAUGUGAAGCUCAGAGUUCUGGGAGACAAACAGCUAGUGGAGCUGAUUCAUGUCAAAGCACUGGAUGCACUAAGAGGCCAUCAGCAAAGCUCACUCAGAUACCAGUCCGUCACCCUGUUUCUCAGAGAUGAGCUGUGUAACACGAUGAGAAUCGGUCGUCUCUACAGGGUGCUAGGCAUUCCUGCCCAUGUGCACCAGUGGCCCAGCAUUACCUGGAAUAUAGAAGCAAAUAGUGUGCAACCCUGGGAGCCAGAGUGCCGCAACAAAAUCAGUGCCAGAUUCCUGGAGCUGAAUUCUGCCAUGGCCUCUUCUCCCUGGAGAUUCCCUGCCAUUUUAGCUCACUACUUUGGGCUGGAUGUGGCUCCUCCAGGCUUGUAUAACACUCUAAAGCUAGCCUUGCUGCUCAGCGUAGUGCAGACGACGACAGAUGUAAAUGACACAUUUCACAACUUGGAUUUACUAGUUGUCACUACUGACACACUUAUACUGGACAGACUAAUGACAUACAGCUUGAGUUUGGCAUGCCAUGGCGUUAGGCAUCAGAUCUCAGGGGAGAUGUUUGCAUCUCUAUCUCGAGACGAACACGGGGCAGGCACUGCUAACAUCCAUGCCGGUUCUGCCUUACUUGCUACCGGAGGCAUUUGCAUGUUGGGAGACAUCAGCUGUUACAAGAAGGACAAGUUGGAUUACAUUCAGUCGGCUCUGGAGAGCCGUACAGUGUCUGUGUUCAUCCCAGGUAAGAAGUUUGGUGAGGAUGCUGACGAGCAGCUUUCCUUUCCACUCCAGUGCAGCUUCUGGGCUCUUGCAGACUCGUCACAGCGGUCUGGACGGGCCGACUUUUCUGUACUGGGGAUUGCAGAAAUGGGUCCUUUCCCCGUUCAGUGUGCAGAAGCCUUUGGCCUCAUCUUUGAGUGUAGAGACAGGGCGGGAGAGCAGGCCCUGCUUGCUCAGGCGGCUCACGUCCUCCAGCAGGCAGUUCAGCCUGAAAAACACCACUACUCAUCUGGCUGGGAGUUCUCUAAUCAGGAUUACCAGGAGCUGGUAGCCCAUGCUCAGGGUUUGCAAGCGGAGCUGAGCCCUGCUGCAGAGAAAUUAAUCCAUGGCUACUACAUGGCGAGCCGCCGGGUUCGAGCCCAGAGUCAGGGAGUUAAGAUGUCUGUGGCUUCUAUCAAGCUACUGAUCUCCUUGGCUGAAGCCCACUGCAAGUUAUGUCUUAGGACUCAAGUCCUGGAGGAAGAUGCUGUGAUUGCUGUACUGCUUUGUGAAAACUCAGUUACUCUCAAGCAUGGAGCCUCUGCUCUCAUUAUUCCACCUAAUGCAGUGUUUCCUUGCAACAUGGCAGACGUAGAUAGUUUGCACAAGAGAGACAAAACCCUGGACGAACUCCACCAGAAUAUCUUGCGUUUCAUCUAUGACUAUGCACCGGGAGCAGAUGCUUACAUUACAGAGCAGUGAGACCUCUGAAAGGGUCCAAAGAGGAAGUGUUCGGGUUAGAUGGGCAAUAUAGGUGGUGGCCAGUAUCAACACGUCGAGUUUGGACAGCUUGGUAUCCGGUGGCACUGAUGGCAAAGUCCUUUGCAGUUCCAGGAAGGCAUUUCUCAGGGUUUGCACCCGGCUCCUCUCCCGCGCCGCGUUAGCUGCCGCCGGGCGGCCCCGGCCGCCGAGCCCCGCCAGCCCGCCGGCCUGGAGCAGCCUGGCCCGGUGCAGCUCCCGCUGGCCCUCCGGGCUGGGGCUGGAGCUGGGGCUGGAAGCGGGGCUGUCAUCCACCGGCCCGGAGACACCGCUGUCCAUUCGGAGCGUCUGACUUCCAGCCAUAGGUGCACUUAUAGACCUGAACAUUUAGAUAAACACACUUUAUUUUAGAGUAGUUAAAACUGCCCAAUAUACAUUUGACACAAUAUAUUUGCACAUUUUCAAUUAUUUAUUGCCGUGUGCCACUACUUUGUAUUUAA